CGCCGCUACCAGCGCAUUAUUCGUUUCUGGGCUCUCGUGACGCGUCACACAGAUCGUGCAUCACUCUUCGCCGCAGUACGUUGCCGUCGUUAUCGAUAACGCCACACGUAAUAUUACAUAUAUAUCGAAUUCAAGCGGACGUCCGUAAGGUACAUCACCGCCGCAGCAAACAUGAGGGAAAUCGUACAUAUUCAGGCUGGCCAGUGCGGAAACCAAAUUGGCGCAAAGUUUUGGGAAAUCAUCAGCGACGAGCAUGGCAUUGACCCGACCGGCACCUACCAUGGUGACUCUGAUCUUCAAUUAGAGAGAAUCAACGUUUAUUACAAUGAGGCAUCGGGUGGUAAAUACGUACCCAGGGCCAUCCUCGUCGAUCUUGAGCCAGGCACUAUGGAUUCCGUACGAUCCGGACCUUUCGGACAAAUCUUCAGACCUGACAACUUCGUUUUCGGUCAGUCCGGUGCUGGAAACAACUGGGCGAAGGGUCAUUACACCGAGGGUGCGGAACUCGUCGAUUCCGUUUUGGACGUAGUCAGAAAGGAGGCUGAAAGCUGCGAUUGCCUUCAAGGAUUUCAGCUUACCCAUUCGCUCGGUGGUGGCACGGGAUCUGGUAUGGGCACUCUGCUCAUUUCCAAGAUCCGUGAAGAAUAUCCAGACAGAAUUAUGAACACAUAUUCGGUCGUACCAUCGCCUAAGGUAUCGGACACCGUCGUUGAACCCUACAAUGCCACUCUUUCGGUUCAUCAACUGGUUGAGAAUACCGACGAGACUUACUGUAUCGAUAACGAAGCCCUUUAUGACAUUUGCUUCCGUACCUUGAAACUCUCGACACCUACCUACGGCGACUUGAACCAUCUCGUCUCCCUCACGAUGUCUGGUGUCACCACCUGCCUUAGGUUCCCAGGUCAACUGAAUGCUGAUCUGAGGAAAUUGGCUGUGAACAUGGUACCCUUCCCACGUCUACAUUUCUUCAUGCCAGGUUUCGCACCUUUAACGUCCAGAGGAAGCCAACAGUACAGAGCUCUCUCUGUACCUGAACUCACCCAACAGAUGUUCGACGCAAAGAACAUGAUGGCCGCUUGCGAUCCGCGACACGGAAGGUAUCUCACCGUCGCCGCCAUCUUCCGUGGUAGGAUGUCGAUGAAGGAAGUCGACGAACAAAUGCUCAACAUCCAGAACAAGAACAGCUCGUACUUCGUCGAAUGGAUUCCAAACAACGUAAAGACCGCCGUUUGCGACAUCCCACCUCGUGGUCUCAAGAUGUCUGCCACCUUCAUCGGCAACUCUACUGCCAUUCAGGAAUUGUUCAAGCGUAUCUCCGAACAGUUCACAGCUAUGUUCAGGAGAAAGGCUUUCCUUCACUGGUACACUGGCGAAGGUAUGGACGAGAUGGAAUUCACCGAAGCCGAGUCGAAUAUGAACGAUCUUGUUUCGGAAUAUCAACAAUACCAAGAAGCCACCGCCGACGAAGAUGCAGAAUUCGACGAAGAGCAGGAAGCUGAAGUCGACGAGAAUUAGAUACGAGAGACCUAAUUGUCAUCGUACACUCCCCACUCUUAUUCUCUUUCUCCAAUCUAUUACCUCAUCUUCCUCAUCCUCAUCCUGUUCCCUGUACAA